AUGGCCCUUCUUGCCGCGUUGCUCCUGAGCGCAGCCCUGGGCGCCCUGCUCAGCUUCGCGCUGCUGGCAGCUGCGGUGGCCAGCGACUACUGGUACAUCCUGGAGGUGGCGAACGCUGGCGGCGCCGCUGGCACGCAGCAGCUCUCCUCACACUCGGGGCUCUGGCGCACCUGCGAAGGACAGAACAGCUGCGUGCCCCUGAUUGACCCGUUUGCCAGUGACAGCUUGGAAGCUUCCCCCUCCAUACAGCACCUUCUCUUGCUGCAUCGCACGGUCAUGGUAGCCCUGCCUCUGAGCCUCAUCCUCAUCGUGUGUGGCUGGGUCUGUGGCUUGCUCAGCUCUCUGUCCCAGAGUGUCCCUCUGCUGCUCCUCACCGGCUGCUACUUCUUGCUAGGGGGUGCCCUGACCCUGGCAGGGGUCAGCGUCUACAUCAGCUACUCACACCUGGCAUUUGUGGAGACUGCCCGCCUGUAUGGUGUGCAGCACGUUCAGGGUGUGCACGUCAGCUUCGGCUGGUCGCUGGCCCUGGCCUGGGGCUCCUGCGCCUUGGAGGUGCUCAGUGGUGCGCUCCUGUUCACAGCUGCCCGCUUCCUCAGCCUGAGCCAACGCCCAGGGAUGCCCCACUCUGUGAUCAUCUGA